GCCAGUCAGUCGGCAGUGGGACGUUAGUUGAUAGGUGUCGCGCGCCCCUUGUAGUUAAACGGUCCCGGCUCACUGCCUCACAACAGUCUGUGAUCCACGACAAAUACACUCGUAUAGAUAGCGUCCUCUCUGUGUAUUGUAAGGUAAGUAUGGCCUCACAACCCCCGAGUAGCUGUUAACCCCGCCAUGGACAACAAGUCGGAACGGUGGACCGGCCACGAGCUGGCCCCGCUCUCCGGGAACGGAAACGUGCAGAUCGUGCUGACCCCCGCCGAGCCCACAGACGCUCCUCGGCGCGCCGCCUGGGACAACAAGAUGCAGUUCAUGCUGUCUAUCAUAGGCUACUCAGUGGGUCUCGGGAACAUCUGGAGGUUCCCCUAUCUCUGCCAGCAGAACGGUGGGGGUGCAUUUUUGAUACCAUUUUUUACGAUGCUGGUUCUGGAGGGCAUCCCUCUCUUCCUCAUCGAGCUCGGCAUCGGACAGAAGAUGCGACUGGGGUCUCUCGGGGUCUGGAACACGAUCCAUCCCUGGCUUGGUGGCAUCGGUAUUGCCUCCUGCACUGUCACCUUCUUCGUGGCCUUGUAUUACAACGUCAUCAUAACCUGGGUUUUCUACUACUUUUUUAACUCGUUUCGAAACCCAUUACCAUGGGCAAGCUGCCCCAAGUUUCCCAACGGUACGAUAGUUCCUGAGUGUGAGAAGAGUAGCGAGACGGCGUACUUCUGGUACCGCACCACUCUGGACAUAUCGCCCUCUAUGGAGGAGACGGGAGGACUCAAGUGGUGGAUAGUCCUGUGUCUCUUGCUAGCCUGGACUGUUGUGUUCUUCAUCACCAUGAAGGGCAUCCAGAGCUCUGGUAAGGUCGUCUACUUCACUUCUCUGUUCCCAUAUAUUGUGCUCACCAUAUUCUUCAUCCGUGGGAUCACUCUGAAAGGAGCAGGAGAAGGAAUAAAACAUAUGUAUAUGCCUAAGGUCGAUAAGUUAUUACAGCCUACCAUAUGGCUGGAUGCUGCCACCCAAGUAUUUUAUUCCUUCGGACUUGCGUUUGGAUCCCUAAUCGCUUUCGGGAGCUACAAUCCUCCCAAGAACCAUUGCGUAAGAGACGUCAUUCUUGUGUCCAUUUGUAACGCCUUCACCGCUAUUUAUGCCAGUAUAGUUGUCUUCACCAUCCUUGGGUUUAAGGCUGUCUCAAAUGUUGAUAAGUGUAUGGAAAGUAAUAAGCUGAAACUUGAAACUCUCGGAAUUCUUGAAGCACAAACAAGUAUGGAGCAAUAUGAACGAUAUAUGCUGAAAAUAUCAAAUGAGACGUUUUAUACUCAUCACUUGGAAAGGUGCAGUUUACAAGAACAGCUUGAUCAGGCAGCUGAAGGGACUGGUCUUGCAUUCAUAGUAUUCACUCAGGCCAUCGUGGAGUUGCCAGGUGCGCCUUUCUGGUCGGUCAUCUUCUUCCUCAUGUUGUUAUCCCUGGGAAUAGGCUCUCAGAUUGGGAUCCUUGAAGGGAUGCUGUGUACCAUAUUUGACAUAGAAUUGUUUAAGCGGAUCAGUAAACCUGUCCUGACAGCUUUUGUCUGUGGGAUUUGUUUUCUUGUGGGUUUGAUCUUCACAACAGGUGCUGGAGAGUAUUGGCUCAAGUUGUUCGACUCAUUCGCUGGAACCAUCGGCUUAGUCAUGAUUGCCUUCCUGGAAAUGGUGGCAGUCAUGUUUAUAUAUGGACACGAAAAGUUCACCCAGGAUAUUGAAGACAUGACGGGUUACAGACCAGGACUGUACUGGCAGAUCACUUGGAGGUUCCUUGCCCCUCUGAUCAUGUUCAGUAUUUUGACAUCAUCUAUCGCUUUCCGUAUCAUUGAAAAACCUACCUACCACGCCUGGGAUGCUGAUACAGGACAGACCAAGGAGACGCAAUACCCCGGGUGGGUGUUGAUCAUUGCAGUUUUGAUGAUCACUGCUAGUGUGAUACCUAUACUAAUUGUAUUCCUGUUACGUCGCUUCCAAUGCCUCAAAUACGACUUAGACAUACACCAAGGAGCCAUUCGACGUAUUGACACAACUGUGUCCACUAAAGAGAUGAUGACUGAUAUUGAUCAAGAAGAGUUCCCUGAAGAAUCACAAGAAGAUAGCGAGGAGGAUGUCGGAAUGAACUGCAAUGAUCACGUCGGCAAGGCAUUUAAAAUGGAAGUUUUGGACUUUUAGCAUAAGAAAGGCAAGCCUUCAAGACUUGCCUAUUUGUGAUUGACUUCAUUAAAAAAAAAAUACAUUUCUACUUAAAAUAACUUAAUAUCUCACAAUCAUGUCAAAAAUGUAGUACUCAAGCUCAGCAAUAAGGGUGGUUUUUUGAGAACUAAGAACUUUGUAUGAUAAGGUGUUAUAAUUUAAACCACCUGCACAAUUUAUACUUACAAUAUUUUCUGGCACCAAACCAUUUUACACUGCAGAGUCAUAGAUGGGAAUGUUGCUUAUCAACAGAAGGGAGGUAACCAUUAAAUUAUCCAAGCUUCUUUAACUUUCACACAGAAAAAUAUAAACAACUAAACUAUGAUUGUCCGAAGGACAUCUCAAGAAUGAAUUGAGCUAUAUGCUUGAAAUUUUGCAUGCAACCUCAGUGAAAAAUUGUUGCGCAACAUGAAAUGUGGUAUACUUCUACCUUGUAUUUACCUAAAUUUUACUGACUACUGCAAUAGUCUCUUCUUAUUUCCCAACCUUUAGAUAUAUGCACUAUUCUCCAUGGAUGUAAAAGACUUAAGUAUUUGGAAGUUAAAGAUUUAUUAGAUCAUGAUCUUUUAUCUUCAUAGUUGCAUUUUUCAUGGAAAUUAACAUUCCAUCCAGUGUUUAAGGUAAAGACAAAUGCUGGAUAAAAAAUAUAUCCAAUCAAAAUUGUAAAAAUAUAAUUUCAUUGUCAUUAUACUUUUUAGUAAGUAAUGUAAAAUGAAAAACUUAGUCUGAGUAGUCUUAGAAUCACUGACAAAAAUCCCAAUUUUAGUCUGAAUACUUUUAUUUGCUGUAAGUUUUAUUUACUUACUGCUACAAAAUUCAAUUUUGUUAUGCUUGCCAUAAUAAAACUCAUGAAAAUCAGUGUCUGACUGUAUGUUUUAUACUAAUUCUGAAGUUAGAUCAAUUUGUUAAUCAAAUGUUUAGAGACUACAGUGUGCUGUUGAAGAAAUAGUCAUGUGUGGUUGGCAGUGUAUGGUAGUGGGUGCAUAGCAUUGAUGAAAUGACAGCUGGUAAUCAUUUAAAGAGUAGUCACAGCACAAAAUAUUAAUUUAUUAUUGCACAAUUUUAUGAAUAACAUUUUAGUUGUGGCCAUUAUAUAGAUAUUUGCUAAGCAAUAAAUCUCACUGAUAUAUGAUAUACUAUGUAUAUGAACUAAGUGCUGUGAAAUGGGUUAUUAACUAGAUAUUAAGUGUUGACGUCUAAGGUUCAGUUUAGUUUUUGAAGAUUGGAAAUAACUACCAACUACAGUAAUCCGUACAGCACUGUAUAUAUGUAUCAUACACAAUAGGUUUAGAUGUACAUACAUACUCCAGUAUAUAGGUAUAUGUCUUUUAAUAACCUAUUUAGCCAGAUAAAAUGGUUAGAUUAAACUAAUAGUUUAACUAUACACCAUGUCUAAAUCAGAACAGAUUCUUGUUUAUAUACAUACCUACAUCUUUAACUGCUUUCAAUUUUUUAUAAGGUUUAUGAAACUCAAAGUAAUUCUUAAAAUUGUCAGGAAUUAUAAACAAUGAAUAAACAUAUCCUUUAUCUUCAUAUGAAGUAAAAUAUGUUACAAAUUAUCACAUAUCUAAUAUCAAUGUAUAAUUAAUUGGAUCAUCAACUGAAAACUACUUAUCAAUAUAAUAUCAGUAAAUGUAGCAUACUUAUUUUUAAUAGUUAAAUGUGAAUACAGAACAAUAUUUUUUAAAGUUAAAGUUUUCUUAUAUUUUUUAAGUACUAUAUAAAAAUGUAAAUGCAAUUACAGUUAAUCUUUAUAGUGCCAGAGUAAUGUAAUCACAUGGCAGUUGGUACACACUAGCAAACCAAACACUGUAAUGUUAAAAUUAGUUAACUUGUUCAGCAAUAUAAAUGUGACAGUGUAGUGUAUUCUACAAACUAAUUUUUACUAAAUCGAGGAAUUCAGUUUGCGACUUAAAAUGUGAUGUCUCAUACUUCUUGAGUGAAAUAGAGGAACUUCUUUUCCUAAUAUUGUACCAUAUUAAAUUAACAUGGUCCUUUGAAAAUAUAGGUGAAAACUUCGAGAGAUGGUAAAUGGGCUAAAUAAAACAGAACAGUUUCUUCUACCGAUUUAAUACCAAAUCAAUUCAUUGUGAAUUUAAUUAUGUAUAGUGUCUGUUUCAUAAUGGAGAAUUAGUAAGUUAUAAUGGAUUAUUACACAAAUUAUGUUUAGAAGAUUUUUUUCCAAUUAGAACCAAAUCAAACAUUUAUUUUAUGAAAAUGUUUGUAUCUUUGUCAAAAUGUAUUACACUUAAUUGGGUUCCCCUAGAAAUGGAUUAGGUUAAUUUCUAGGAGAGAACUGUAGUAUCUUUUCUAUUUCUAUAUAUUAUAUUUGACUGUUUGUCCAAUUAAAUUUAUUACUCAUGGUGAAACAAAACUCUCUAUACAAACCUUAGGAUAUUGUUCCAUGGGCCAAGAGGAGCUAAAAACUAAAUUCAACGAAUGGUGUAUCUUAUAUGUUUGGUUUUAUUUGCGAUUUAAAAACUGUAAAACAUGAAAUGUAUGUUUUGAUUUGAUACUAAGUUUGUAUAGGUAAACUUGUCAGAGAGUGGUAUAGCCAGAGAAGCCCACUGCCCUCCAUCAACACAUUAAAAGAAGGUCAGGAAUUCAUAUUUCUUGUAAGUCAUUUCAGCGGUUGUAGCCACUGUAAAAGUAUUAAUUCAAACUCGUAUGUGCUCUAAUCUUCAAAUAUAGAAUAAACAUUGAUCAGGAUAAUUGACUUAUAUUAAUAAUACAAAUUUAUCAAUUUUAAGUGUUGUAAUACGUUAGCAUUUAAUAUUAUCAAUUAAUUCACCCCACUGGCUGUGGACUAUUCUGAGGCAGUGAAGAGUAGUUGGGGAGGGAAUAAGGGAAGCAUAGACGCUCAGCUGUUUUUUGUUUCAAGAUAACACAAGCAAGCUACACAUGAUCAUGAGGUUUGAUGUAGUUGGCUGGCAUGCAGCAGUGAGGAUACAAGGGAGGGCGGUCAGGUGUUCCGUCAGAAGUCGGGCAUGUCUGAUGCUCACAUUUGCAAGCGUCACUGCAUACUAUACCAAUCUAUUUAAUGAUAGGUUAUGUUUUCUUAUUCAGUUUAUUUUCAUUACUUUCUGUAACUUGCUGUUUUAACUGUGUAGUUUUGAUGUGAGUUUACUUGCAAUUAUGAAGAGACACACAAUCGACCCGUUCUUUAAAGCUAAAGUAAUAAAGAUUGAAUCUGUUCCUGAGUAUGAAGCACCGAUUUGUGUAACAACCAGCUAUUGCCCUCUGACAUCUGAUGCCUGUGACGAUAUGGACAUAGAUAAGAAAAGACCUUACUUCUUUUGACAUAUGUGUAAUAUCUGAUAGUCUAUAUUGAAAAGAUCGUUAUGUCCAGUAGUGUAAAACAUAAGAUUUUGACCGAACUAUUUGUUCUCGAAAAGACAUUUAAUUAACCUAUAAGUGAACAUAAUAAUAAGGAACUUAAGUUUCAACAAUGCUGAAUAAAACAAGUGGCAUUGGUUUGCAUAUUCUAAGGAGAAAGAUGGUGCAUAUUGCAACAAUUGCAUUGCUUUUGGACCUGAGUACACUGGCAAAGGAACUCAUCAAAAAAUGGGGUUUCUAUUUGCUGCUCCAUUUAGAAAAUGGAAACACACAACAGAAAAGUUCACAGCUCAUGCUAACUCGGACUACCAUACAUUUUCAACAAUCACCCCGAAAACUUCCUCCGAUUGUACAGGCUGAUGUAGCUACUCUACUUGACACUCAAAGUACCAGGGAAAAGGAGUAAAAUCAUUUUGUAUUUCAGGCCUAUUGUUGAUACCAUAAUAUUUUGUGGAGAAAAUGAAAUUCGCUUUGUGGUCAUCGAGAGUGUGUGUAGCUAACUGUAGAAAAACCUCCAAAUAAAGAUGGAAAGUUCAGGGUCUUAUCUAGAUUUCGUACUGAAACUGAUAAAAAAUUCAAACAACAUUUAAGUAAGUGUAACAGAUCAUAAUGUUAAUUUUUUACCAUAUGUUUUAUUCCCUAAUGAAUAGUUUUGUUUAUUUAAAUAUUUUAAAGAAAUUGUAACUCAGAUUGUUUGUUGGGCCUAGCUUAAUUGUGUUUCAUUAAACCUAAUGUCAGGUAAACUCUUUGUGUUAUAUCUGUUUCAAAUUAAUUAAACACUAUAACAUGAAACAACUCUUCAAGCCUGAAAAGCUAAGAGUAGAUUCAAAUAGCCCCACUGCUUCCUAAGAUUGGGACCAUUGGUAUUAAGGUAAUGAACUAAAAUUAUUAACAAAUUUUGUUACACCUUCAGUCUAUAUGCACAUAAGUGAAUGUUUAACACUCAAUGAUGUUUUGACUAGAGUACAAAACUCUGCUGUAAACCAGCUAAUGAACUGUUUGCUUGUCAUAAACUGUUAACUCAGAAACAGCAGCUUGAGGAAAAUGUGGAGCAGUUUUUAGAAAAACUUUGAAUAUUGAUUAGAGAGUGUAAUCUGUGUUGGCUAAAACAAAUAGAGAUGACUGUAUACGAGAUGUAUUUGUAAAUGGACUCAAAUAGCCUCAAAUAAGACAAAGACGGUACUUUGGGAUUAUACCGACCACACCAGUAUGAAGAACACAAAAAUAUAAAUUUAUAGAAACAAACAUGAUAGAACGAAAAAACAACUCUUUAAUUACAAAAUUACAAGCAU